AUGUCGGUGCAUCAUCAUCUCUCAUCAUUUUUUGAGUCCUCUACCCCUUCUUCGACAGACUCAGAAUGGGAAUCACUUUUAGAAUCAUGGCAAUCGACUCAUCCUUCUGUAAGCUACGAUGAUGAUGAUGAAGUGGUCGAACCUGUAUUUGGAACCACUACAUGGCCUAGUAUAUUAGAUUAUCUACCAUCGGACGAAGCUGGACCUUCAACGUCUACUUCUUCUCCAUCUAGGAAGGAUGAGUAUGCUCCUACACCGAGGCGAGAAAGCUUUGGUUCAAACUUGUUAAGUAGAAUACAAACCCAUUUACCCAUUCAAAGUACUUUCACCUCUCUCAUCUCCCUAUUAUCGAGCUCGAGAAACAAUGAUGAAAUCCAAUCUGAGCUCAUCGAGAUAAUGGGUUUUGAAGGUCAUGGAUUAGAAUUAGUUGAAGAAAUCUUGAAACCUGGUGCGAGAGAUAUGAUCGUUGAUGAAGUCAAUAAUGAAUCUAACAACAAUUCGUACCAUUCGCGUACGACUAUAAGAGCUGGUAAAGGGAAAGACAGAAAAACUCAUAUCAAUAUUUCAGAUGUCAUUGGUUCAGCUGAAGAUAUAGAAAGGAGGAUACAAGAACAACUUGAAAGACCAAAAGCGAUGUUUUCGGAGGAUGGUCCUCGUAUAGUAGAGCAAGAAUUGUUACCUCACGUAUAUACAGCCUCAGGAUCAAAAGCCGUUUCCUCAUCUUAUGGAGGUAAGAUGGCUCUUCCUAUGGGGACUCAAAGACAUAUAAACGACAAUUUCGAAGAAGUCACCGUACCUCCACAAAACCCUGUUCCUCCUAAAAGAAAUGAGAGACCAGUGAAAAUAGCUGAUUUACCUAGAUUGGCGAGGGGUUGUUUCAAAUAUGUUGAACUGAAUAGGAUGCAAAGUAUCGUUCAACCGACAGCGAUGAAUACUAAUGAGAAUAUGCUUGUUUGUGCUCCCACUGGUGCUGGUAAAACCGACGUAGCGAUCAUGUCCAUCAUACGAGUCCUCUCCCAACACGUCAUACCAGGUCCUUCAACCCAUCCAUCAGGAUUCAACCUGAAUCGAGAUGCGUUCAAAGUCAUCUAUGUGGCUCCAAUGAAAGCUUUAGCAGCUGAAAUCGUCGCUAAAUUUGGCAAACGACUGGCAUGGCUCGGAAUCAAAGUUAGAGAAUUGACCGGUGACAUGCAAUUAACGAGACAAGAGAUAAGCGAAACUCAAAUUAUCGUGACGACUCCGGAGAAAUGGGAUGUGGUAACUAGGAAACCUACAGGAGAGGGAGAAUUGGCGUCUAAAGUCAAACUUCUCAUCAUCGACGAAGUCCACUUGUUGAAUGAAGAUCGAGGUGCUGUCAUCGAGACUAUUGUAGCUAGAACCUUGAGACAAGUAGAAUCAAGUCAAUCUUUGAUUCGUAUCGUUGGCUUGAGUGCUACUUUGCCCAAUUAUAUCGAUGUCAGCGAUUUCUUGAGAGUCAAUCGAUACCAAGGAUUAUUCUUCUUCGAUGCUUCUUUCAGACCUGUACCGCUAGAACAACAUUUUAUAGGUGUUUCCGGGAAACCUAGAUCACAGCUUUCAGUUCGAAAUAUGGAUAGAGUUGUUUUUGACAAGGUAUCGGAAAUGGUACAGGCGGGACAUCAAGUGAUGGUUUUCGUUCAUGCACGAAAAGAAACAGUCAAAACUGCGCAGAAGCUGAAAGAGAUGGCUAUAGAAGAAGGGGUCUCGACAUUUUUCGAAACCAUCGAUCAUCCGAAAUAUGGUCUAUACAAGAGGGAUAUUGGAACAAGUAGGAACAAAGAAAUGAAAGAGUUAUUUGAAAAUGGUUUUGGAAUACAUCAUGCUGGAAUGUUGAGAAGUGACAGGAAUAUGAUGGAAAGAAUGUUUGAGGAUAAUGCCAUCAACGUUUUGUGUUGUACUUCAACUUUAGCGUGGGGUGUCAAUCUGCCUGCCCAUGCAGUCAUCAUCAAAGGUACUCAAGUGUAUGACUCCAAUAAGGGUUCAUUCAUGGAUUUAUCCGUCUUGGAUGUUCUUCAAAUCUUCGGCCGAGCAGGUCGUCCAGGGUACGAGACUAGUGGUGUGGGAUAUAUUUGCACUACUCAAGAUAAGCUCGAUCAUUAUUUACAUACUAUCAUGGCUCAACAUCCUAUCGAAUCAAAAUUUAUCCCUGGUAUGGUAGACUCCUUGAAUGCGGAAGUUGCUCUAGGCACUAUCGCAAAUGUACCGGAAGCAAUACAGUGGUUAGGCUACACGUAUUUGUUUGUGCGAAUGCGAAAAGAACCGUUUAUAUAUGGUAUGCCUCACGACGUGAUCAAAGAUGAUCCUCAACUCGGUAACAAACGUAAUGAGCUCAUCUCUCAAGCUGCUCGGCUACUUCAAGCAGCGAAGAUGAUAAGAUACGAUGAAAUCUCGAACACUUUUGCUAUAUCUGAUUUAGGAAGAAUAGCUGCAAAAUACUAUUUGAGAUAUCAAACUAUCGAAGUGUUCAAUACCAAAUUCAACCCCAGAAUGAGUAAUGCGGAUCUGUUCCAAAUGCUUUGUGAAGCUACCGAGUUUGAUCAAAUACAAUUGCGAGAAAAUGAGGUUGAAGAGCUUGAAGCUAUCAACAAGAGUGAUGUGAUUCCUUUGGAGGUUGCGGGAGGAGCGACGGACAAACGUGGAAAAGUAAAUAUCCUUCUUCAAGCCCAUGUGUCGAAGGUGUACAUAGAAGAUUUCGCGUUGGUCUCGGAUGCCGCUUAUGUCGCUCAAAACGCCGCUCGUAUCAUACGAGCCUUGCUUGAGAUCGCCCUUAGUCGACAUUGGGCUAACUGCGCCUACCUUCUUGUCGAGCUGAGUAAAUGCAUUGAACAGCGGCAAUGGGUAUACGAUCAUGGUCUGGCUCAACUCAAUAUCCUUCACCGAGAUACCCUGCACAAACUCAACCAAUACACGACAGAUGACAUGACAAUAGCGGACUUCCGAAGCAUGUCUGCCACUGAAUUAGGAGAGUUUAUUCACAUGAAUGAAAAACAUGGCCAAGCUGUACUCGAUGCUGCAGAUAUGUUCCCGACAGUAGGUAUGGCCUACAAACUUCGACCGAUAAGUCAUGACCUGCUUCAGAUAAGCGUAAGGGUAGAACCUCAAUUCAAAUGGAACAACAAGGUCUCGGGUGGUAGUGAGCCGUUUUACGUCUGGGCUCAAGAUGAAGAGGGGUUGAAGAUCUAUCAAUGGAGAAGUGUACGUAUACAACCUACAACAUCAAUGGUUGAUCUCGACUUCGUACUACCGUUCGAUGAUAUGCCACCAUCAUCAAUAUCGAUCGUGUCAAUUUCAGAUAGAUGGUUAUGGUCUCAUGAGCAAAUCACCAUCGAUCUAUCUGACCUCGUGAUGCCGAACCAUCCCCCACCUCGAACGGAAUUACUGGAUAUUCCUUUCCUCCGACUUUCAUGUCUUGAUGAUCCUGCCCUAGAAUCUGCUUAUAAGAAUACUAUGACCACCUUGAAUAGCAUACAAAGUCAAGCAUUUUGGACAAUGUACAAUACUAGCGUAAACGCUCUGAUAUCAGCUCCGGUUGGAAGUGGCAAAUCGUUCCUUGGAGAAGCGGCAAUCUGGAACGCAUUCCGUCACAACAAGGAAGCUGUUGUUCUAGUCGUUGUCCCUCAACAUCAUGCUGUUCACGAGACGGUAGCUCGACUUCGAUCGAUCUGUCCUAGAGGCAAGAAUAUCGACAUUCACGCUUUACUCGGUUCAGGAGAUUUCUCCAGACUUACAGCACCGAGAGGCGUGAUUGGAGUGACCACUCCCUUCGCCAUGAUCAACAAUGAAAAGAUUGAUGACACUCUGCGUCUCCUCAAACUGGGUCUGUAUGUCCUGGAAGAUCUUCAUCUCCUAGACGAGAUGUAUGAGCUUUGUAUAGCCAAGAUUUUGUCAUACGCCCGAUCCGCUCGGACAAGAAUGGUUGGAAUCACCUCCUCACUAGAUGACCCUUCCACACUUGGCAAUUGGCUUGGUUUGGACAUUGUGACUUCAUCGGACCACUCAUCAGACGACAUAGCAUCGUCACAACCUCCCGCAUUAUUCAACUUCACGCCUGCCAAUAGGGGUAAUCCAAUCUCUGUAUCGAUCAAACCAUUCACCAUACCUCACGGACCUACAUUACUCCGAUCAAUGGUGAAGCCGACACAUGACAUACUAAAAACAGUGAACGGAUCAGUGAUCACAUUUGUCCCCUCAAGACAAGCUUGCAUAAAUCUAGCAACUGAUCUCGUCACUCAAUCAGGAACAGAAAUGGAUUUAAAUGGUUUCUUAUCAACACCGAGAGAUCAUGUCGAACCUUUACUACUAAGAUUGAGAGAUCGAGGAUUGUUCGAACCGAUCUUGCAUGGUAUAGGAUACAUUCAUCCGAAUUCAAAUCCAAGUAAUUUAUCUUUAGUACUUGAACUGUUCGCAUCUGGAAUAUUGAAAUGUCUAAUCCUUCCUAGAAUUUUAUGCUGGACAAUCCCAGUCAGAUCAAAUAAUGUCAUUAUCCUUUCUGCUCAAUAUACUCAAACUACACCUAUAACUAAAACGAAUAAAAAAGAUAAGAACGGAAAAGAUUUGUAUGAAAGAAGAAUAAUCAAUUAUUCGAAUAAAGAAUUGAUCAAAAUGCAAGGUAUAGCAUCACCAUCUGCGUCUCCUCAAAUUACAGGAAAUGGAUCAAAUGGAAAUAGUAAAUUGUUCAUAAUGUGUCAAAAUGAACAAACUAUUUUGAUAUCAAGAAUAUUGAAUGAUGGAUUAUCACUAGAAUCCUCUCUGCCCGAUCUACUUCAAGGUGGUCAUCAACAGCAACAGUCUAAUUCUAACUCUGUUUCUAUUUCGCAAGAAAGGGAAAGAGGAAGAAGAAGAAUAAGUGAAAUCGAUAAUAUCCUCAAGAAGAUGAUCAAAAAUAGGGAACCACCUCCACCGCCUCAAUCUAACCGACCGAAAAUAACAGAUUUCAGGAAAAGAGAUCUGAUGGAUUUGUUGAAUUAUACGUUUUUCGCAUAUAGGCUGAAAAAAAAUCCAACUUUUUAUGACUUGAUCAAAGGUUCAGAAAAUGAUAUUAUCUCAAGAUGGAUAGAUUCUUUCUUCGAUAGGAUUGAUCCGCCUCAAAUCUACGAAAAGGAAAAAGUGAAGGAUAAAGGUAAGAACAAGGUAGAUGAUGUGGGUGGAAAUGGGAAUUUAAACGUCAAUGGAGAUGGGAUGAAUGGGGCAAAUGGAAAUGGGAUUCAUAAGGAGAGCGUUCAAGAAGAUGAUGAGAUAGAUGCGGAAAUGGAAGAAACGGACAACGUCACGGUAGUAGGUGAUCAGGUCAAUGGAGAUGCUGAAAUCGGAGAGAAGGACGGAGAGACGUUUGAGCAACAUGGCAGAGAAGAGUAG